UCUGCAGAUCAUCUCACCUGCAUACUCGUGCAGAAUUUUGGACUAUGGCUUCCACCACCUCAGGUGAUGUUCUGCCAACAGGCAGCAGGGUCUUCAUCACCUUUCCAGACCUCUUCUUUAUCCCCGAGUUUGUCAUUGGAGGUUUGGUUUGGAUCCUCGUGGCGUCGACUCGAGUGGAACCGGCCAACCCGCUGGGCUGGGUGAUGUUUGUAUCGGUCUUCUGCUUUGUCGGGACGACUCUGUGGUUCUUCAUCUUCGUCUGUGGUGGCAAUCAGAGCAGCAUCUGGCCUGCUGUGGAUGCAGGUUUUCAUUUCUUGGCGGUGGUUUUCUACCUCAGCGCCUCAGUGGAUUUAGCCUAUAUCACCUUCGUCUAUGGGCUUAAUUUGCCGACAUUUGACAUCCUUAAAAUCUACAGAUUGGACAUUUCUGCAGUGGUGAUGUCACACGUGGCCACGCUUCUCUACUUCCUUCACGCCAUCUUUUCUGCCAUUCGAUGGAAACGGGCCUAAACACAACAGCAACCCUACAACACAAUGAAGCACACACACACAGUUUCCUUAGUGAACACGUGCUGAUUUAUUUUUGUGUCACCCUUUUUUAUUUAAUUUCAGUAAGAUAAUGUGAAAACGAGUUGUGAAUGGUGGGAAUCCUAAUGCGAAGUCAGACGUCAUGUCCGCUUUCUUGUUGAAACCGACAACAACAAUCAGUGAAUGUGAGGUGAUAGUGUCAACGUUCAAGCUCAGUUAUCAGUAUCGGCUGGUGCAAAGUGAGUUUUAACCACGUUCUAAAUUCCAGUUUAGAUUCUGUGAAAAUAACUUGGUUGCACAGAUCAGUUUACCCAAAGAAGAAGAAAAAAAACCACAAUAAUUUUUGUAUUUUUUUCCUGCGUCACGUUUUCAUCAAGUUGAUCGUCACAACAACGAGAAAACAGAAUUGGGUUUUUUUUUUGGACCAGGAUGACGUUACUGAAAUGUUCAAAGCUAGAUUUUAUUACAGAUAAAAAUACAAACUAAUUUUACGUAUCGUUUUACAAAAAACAUGACAACAUUUUGAGAAAUAAGAUCCUAAAUCUUUAGAUUGAUAUUUGGUCAAAUGCUUUAGGGAAACUGAUAAAAAAAUAAAAUAAAAAAUAACAAUAAUAUCAUGA